GCGAGAAUUCGCACUUUUGGAUGUGCUGCUGGAAAAAAAUGACAAAUUUGAAGAAGAAAGACGCUUCUUUCCAUGUAAGAUAGCGCCCAUCCAACGUAAUUCUAUUACAAUUUACAGCCGGGAGGUUUGUCUCCAUUUUCAUCUGCUAGAAACGUAGCAGUCGGAAGAUUGCAAGGAUUCUGAGGUGUAAAGGGCACGUCUUUGUUGAGGAACCUCGCAGGAAUGCUGCCUCUCUUCGGUUCCCUCCAGCUGCAAGAAGGAAGCUUUUCUCUUCUUUCCGAAAUCCUUUGCACUGGCAGCAAGCGCAAAGCUGGAAUCAAGUAACCGGCAGAGAUGACAUCUUGACAGUCUGGAAUAAGAGAAGUUGAGGCACAGAGGACAGGUCUUGUUGAGCCACAGCAGGAUUGCUGCACCAGUUUGCCUUCUCCCUUUUAAGCACAAUAGCUUUCCUCAAAGCCUCCGCACUGGCAGCAGGCCCAACGUAGGUUUAAAUGCUUAUGAUGAGCCGGCAGAGGUGACAUCAGCGGUGACAUAAGAGGUUGACAUCAUGAGUAUGUUCCAGGCUCUGAGGCCCUUGGCUAAAGAGAUGCUAGAGAGGGCGGGGGUGGUGGUCCAGUUUGGAUCGUUCAUUUACUGCUUCGGCACCUAUGUGAUGGAUGUGACCACAUGUGUCGGCCCCAGCAUGCUUCCAAGCUUCAACGCGGAAGGAAACAUCAUUUUUGUCGAGCACAUCUCCCCCCGGUUGGGCCGGCUGAAAGCGGGAGACGUCGUGACGGCGCAGUCCCCCAGGAAUCCAAACGCGGUCAUCUGCAAACGGAUACUGGGGCUAGAGGGGGAUCGGAUACGGGUGCCGCCUACGAUGCCUCGUGAUAGUAUACGAUUAGUGACAGUUCCGAAAGGCCACGUCUGGUUACAGGGCGAUAACCAGUUUGUGUCUCGAGACAGUCGCGAGUACGGGCCAGUCCCCGCCGCUCUCGUGAAGGGGAAAGUUGUUUUCAAGAUCUGGCCACCAUCGCAAUUUGGUCACGUGGAGUCACGAAUACCUUGACGAUUCGUCAUUGGCUGUUGACCAUACAGUCAAAUAGGUUUUCUCAGAGCCGUUUCGUGGUUCUGCAAAAACUGAGCCGUCUUUAUCAGAAGCAAGCCUGUACUAGGACAGCGGCCCGAUCUACGUUGGCGUCAUGCAAAUCGUCAACAGCAAGAUGCGGUUCGGAUUGUCAGUCGUUCAUUCAGGACACGUCAGCUUCGUGUUUUUUAAUGCCAGGCUGAUGGUGCACUCACAGUUAUAUAUCCACAAUUUGAAAACUUGAAUG